AAAAUUAAGUUUAAUCUGUGGAAUAUACGGAAUGUGUUUCAAGAAACAUGGUUCUAGUAUAAGAAAAGUCACGUGCAAUCUAUUUGACGUGUCUUCAGGCUUUACUUUUCCAGUUUUACAAGCCAUUUUGUGACAUUCGAAAAUAACUGUACUUUAUUCCACCGACUGGAGCAUAAUGUCUGUGUAUUCAUGCUCUGAAAACUAAAAAUUUGGAUCUAUAGAAAGUCUAAGCCUAGCAUAAGUUUUCUCAGAACAUGACCCUGCCCACCUUGGAUACACGACGCCAGCUCCCCCUUACGGCUUCAGUUUUCCUCUGCCUGGCUGUUUUAACUGCAUAUGGCUACCCGCCAACACGCACGUGCGAGCCCAUUCGUUCAGACUUGUGCAAGGGUCUGGGCUACAAUGAGACUGGAAUGCCGAACUUGGUGAGAAGUGAGUUACAGUCUGAAGCAGUGUUGCAGCUCCAGACCUUUGUGCCUUUAAUUCAGUACGGCUGUUCUUCACAGCUAAGGUUUUUUUUGUGUUCCGUCUACUUACCCAUGUGUACCGAAAAAGUGUUAGAGACCAUAGGGCCCUGUCGACCUCUCUGUGAAAGUGUCAAAUCACGCUGUGAGCAGGUGAUGGAGAACUUUGGGUUUCACUGGCCGGCCUCUCUUAAUUGCUCCAAGUUUCCACUUAUAAACAACCAGGAUCAUAUGUGUAUGGACGGACCUGAGGCCAAAAAUUAUGAAAAAAAUCAUCUCCUGAAUUCUGAGUUCAAGGGUAAGGUUCAAGCAUUUAGUCCUAGUUACACCCACCCGGAAAUCUCGGGUGGAGAGAAGGGAACGUCCAUUGGUCCCAGGAGUCAGCAUUAUGGAUUUUGUGAGAACUACAAGAUGUCACACUUCUACUACUACAUCAACAGAACUCGCCGUUGUGCUCAGAAAUGUUCAGCAGACAUUCUUUUCACGCACGACAACAAGAACUUUACUGAUAUAUGGGUGGCGGUGUGGGCCAGUGGAUGUUUUCUGUCUACUCUUUUCACCGUCCUUACUUUUCUAGCAGAUACUAGCAAGUCCCGCUACCCCGAAAGAGCCAUCCUUUACCUUAGCGCUGCCUAUAAUGUCUAUAGUAUUGCUUAUAUUACCCCACUUGUUAUCCACAGAGAUGAAAUUGCAUGUCAUGUGGACAGUCAACACGGAGUUUCCAUUUUGAUCCAAGAAGGCCUGAAUAAUAUUCAUUGUACUAUUAACUUCAUGUUAUUGUACUUCUUCAGUAUGGCUGGUGCUGUUUGGUGGUUGAUUCUGACUGUGACGUGGUUUCUCGCAGCCAAGCUAAGAUGGAAUCACGAGGCCAUCAUGAGACAAAGUACUUACUUUCAUUUAGCUGCCUGGGCUCUGCCAUCCAUGAAAACUAUCGCCAUUUUGGUUAUGCGGGAAGUUGAAGCUGACGAGCUGACAGGCACUUGUUACGUGGGAGCACACAGUGGCAACACAUUAAUUGCUUUCGUCAUUGCCCCGUCCUUCGCUUAUCUUCUAAUGGGAUCAGUAUUCCUAAUCUACGGGACUGUAAGUGUAUUUCGCUCCGGUUCUUCCCAUGUGUCAGAGAGACUUGACGUUAACACAGUUAGAAUUGGGAUUUUUGCCGUGUUAUAUACUAUUCCAGCUACCUGUGUAUUGGGUGCCAACUUCUAUGAAUACUUUUCUCGAGAACAGUGGCUGGUCGCCGGAUCAGGUUCACGACCGAUGGUGGAAUUCUUCACUCUUAAAAUCUUUAUGUCACUCGUGGUUGGGAUGACCACCGGUUUGUGGGUGUGUUCGAGUAAAGAACCAGUUACCGUGUGGGGAAAGCGAUGGCAAAGCUUCACGAACAGACGGAGAAAAAACUUGCCACUUACUUAUGGGCACCAUGGUUUCUCUCAGAAGCAUGUGAUCAUGAAUAUGUCGAAAAGGCACCCUUUUAAAAGAGGUAGUGAAACGGUUGUUUAGAAACUUACAAAAGCCUCAAAGAGGAAGUCAAACAUAGUCCACAAACUUACAAAAGCCUAAGAGAGGAAGUGAAACGGUAAUAUACAAACUUACAAAAAUCUAACAGAAGAAGUGAAACGGUAAUAUACAAACCUACAAAAGCCUAAGAGAGGAAGUGAAACGGUAAUAUACAAACCUACAAAAGCCUAAGAGAGGAAGUGAAACGGUAAUAUACAAACUUACAAAAAUCUAACAGAGGAAGUGAGGAAAGUAAGUUUAGAAGCUUACACAAAGCUAAGGGAAACGGUAGUGCAGAAAACAAAAACUUUCAAGAAAGUAUAGUAAGAUUAAUAAUUAAGCAUCAAAAAUGAUUAAAAAAUUCUAAAUGCACAUUUUUUGUGUUUGAUAAUACAUUUCAUUUUACUUAUAACAGUGAGUUCGGUUUUGUUUCAGCUUCUGUAUUAAUUUCUCCUGUGUAUGAACUACAUUAAAAUAGUCUUAACAGCUCA